AUGGCUCGUCCUGCUUCCUCGACGAGCGACGUCCUUCUCUACUUCCUCGCCAUCUUCCUCCCGCCGCUCGCCGUCUUUCUCAAGACGGGCUGCGAUUCCAACUUCAUCAUCAACAUCCUUCUCACCAUUCUGGGCUGGCUGCCUGGAUGUAUUCGUAAGUUCAGUUCGGUCGCCCCCAAGCCCUUCGAUGCCCCACAAACAUAG